UGUUCGUUCAAGAAAGAAACUAUAACCAUGAGUGGAAGGGGCAAGGGUGGCAAGGGACUCGGCAAAGGAGGUGCUAAGCGUCACCGUAAAGUUCUCCGUGAUAACAUCCAGGGCAUCACCAAACCCGCCAUCCGCCGUCUGGCUCGCCGUGGCGGAGUGAAGCGCAUCUCCGGUCUGAUCUACGAGGAGACUCGUGGAGUGUUGAAGGUGUUCCUGGAGAACGUCAUCCGUGACGCCGUCACCUACACUGAGCACGCCAAGAGGAAGACCGUGACCGCCAUGGAUGUGGUGUACGCUCUGAAGAGGCAGGGCCGCACUCUGUACGGCUUCGGCGGUUAAACUCAUUUGGCCUGAUCCAUCAAACGGCUCUUUUAAGAGCCACACA